AUGACUGUGGGCAACAUGGAGAGUGUUCAGCUGUUUGAUGCUGGGAAGAAAGGUCGAGGCCUGAGGGCCACCAAAGAGCUCAACGCUGGAGAAGUGGUCUUCGCCGAGCCAAGCUUCUCCGCUGUGGUCUUCGACAGUUUGGCCACUCAGGUGUGCCACAGCUGUUUCCGGCGCCAGGCCAAACUGCACCGCUGUGCCCAGUGUAAAUUUGCCCAUUACUGCGACCGCACCUGCCAGACUGCAUGCUGGGAUGAACACAAGCAGGAAUGUGGAGCCAUUAGGAAGAUUGGCAAGGUGCCCAGCGAGAAUGUUCGUCUGGCUGCUCGUUUACUGUGGCGUAUACACAAGGAAACAGGCAUUGUGUCAGACAGUCAGCUGAUCUCAGUGGACCAGCUGGAGGACCAUGUGGCUGACCUACCUGAAGAAGAUCUCAAGCAGCUUAAGACUGAUGUGCACAACUUCCUGGAAUAUUGGUCCUAUGGAAGAAAGCAGCACUCCGUCGACGACAUCUCACACAUCUUUGGCAUCAUCAAGUGUAAUGGAUUCAAACUGAAUGACCAGAGAGGCCUGCAGGCUGUUGGUGUUGGUCUUUUCCCCAACCUUUGUCUGGUCAACCAUGACUGUUGGCCCAACUGCACUGUCAUCCUCAACCACGGAAACCAGUCAGCAUUGAGUUCUGCUCUCCACUCUCAGAGGAGGAUUGAGCUGCGAGCUGUGGGUAAAAUCUCAGAGGGCGUGGAGCUGACUGUCAGCUACGUGGACUUCCUCACCCUGUCUGCUGAUCGCCAGAAGAAGCUGAAGGCCCAGUUCCACUUCCUGUGCAGCUGCGAACACUGUAGCCAGGGCGUCAAGGACGACCUGAUGAUGGCCGCCGCAGAGAGCGAGGGGAACAAACCCUCUGCUGAUAAGGUAAAAGAGGGGACAGCCUUCACUAAAGAGUGUCUGGAGAAGAUUGAGAGGUCCCGUAUUGAGAAGGAUUACCACGAGAUGGUGAGGUUGUGUCGUGAGUGUCUGGAGAAGCAGGACAAUGUCCUGGCUGACACUCACCUGUAUAAGCUGCGUGUGCUCAGCAUUGCCAGUGAGGUGCUGUCAUACCUGCAGUCCUUCUCUGAGGCUGCAGGCUACGCCCGCAGGAUGGUGGAGGGAUACACAAAGCUGUACCACCCUAACAAUGCCCAGUUGGGCAUAGCCAUCAUGCAGGCAGGCGUCGCCCACUGGCUUGCAGGGCAGAUAAAGGUGGGUCACGGUUUGAUCUGCAAGGCCUACGGCAUCCUCAUGGUGACCCAUGGACCCAACCACCACAUCACCAGAGACCUGGAGUCUAUGCGCAUGCAGACUGAGAUGGAGCUGAAGAUGUUCAAGUAG